GGAAGGGAGGGCAGGGCGAGGCGAGCCGCGCACCGACGUCGCCGGAGAGGACACUCCACAAGGCCUGCGCUCUCUCUGCCCUCUCCCCCCCAUCCCUUUCACUCGAUACAUUUCUGCGCCUCUUGUGUGCGCGCAUCUUGGUGUAUAGUGUGUACUUCUAGUGCUCGUCUCACCCCUGACCUAACCGGGAAACGGGCGUGCUGCGGUUGGUUGGGAUCGUCCCGCGUUUGGCAAUCUGGCAAUCCAACAUCAUGCAAAGCCCCAGCAAGGUCUCUGAUGCCUCUGGCUCGAAGCCCACUGACACGUCUGUUUGCCAAGGAUGGGCAGAACUCGAAGAAAGACUGCUUCACUCCAUCGUUGCUCUGUUGGGCUCCUUCAUUGACAUUGUCUCGUUUGCCGGUACCUGCCAUUCUUGGCGUGCUGCCUUCUCCUCAUACCCAUCAAAAUCUGUCUUUCGCACCUUACUCCCACCCCUCCUUGUCCGACCCAAUGUCCGCGUCAAAGCCCCUUGUAUCCCUUGUAGCAGCAAUAGUCGUCGAAAGCUACGCUCAUGUAAGGUCAUUGAUCUAGCCAACCAAUACACCCCACUUCGUUGCCAGAUUCCUCAAGAAACUCUGCAGAAGAUGCUUUUCGCAGGCUCUUCCCAUGGUCAACUUAUCUGCUGCCGCCGUGGUUAUUGUCUUGUUGUUGAUGUGUUCACUGGUGCUGAGGUUUCACCUCCACGUCUUCCGUUCAGCGAGAGCCAUACGGAAAUCUACUUCUGUGGCACUCUGACGGCUCCUAUCACGUCACCCAAUUCACAUCUCCUUAUCAGCACACAGUCCUCCCUGUUUGAUUGGCCGUUUGGAGGUGACUCUUGGUCUGAGCUCAAGCUUCCUGUUAAUCGGAUCGAUCAGGUUGUGGAAUUCAAUGGUCAGCUCAUCGCCAUGAUUGACUGCAGGCUGUACACUUUGCAGUUGGCACCCAAGCUUCGCCUGAAGAAGAUAAAAACUCUUUGGUGGGAUGACAGCAAGGAAUGUCCAUAUUUAAGACCAUGGCUAGUGGUUUGCGAUGACAUGCUUCUCAUUGUUGACCAUUACAUGACCUUGUCAUUUGGAGCACCAGUGAACUACAGACCAUACCGUUUGGACAUGUCAACCAGGCCUGCAAAAUGGGUGGAGGUAAAGAAGCUGGAGAACUGGGCACUCUUUAUUGGGGGUGAUGCAAGGAGCCCACCAUUUUCUUUCAAGAACCCGGAGCGCUGGGGAGGGAGGAGCAACUGCUUGUACUAUGCUCACUACUCUCAGCCAUGGAGCCUUCAUGGGCUGGGUGAUGAUGCAGAUGCUGUGUGGGAUCCUACCACUGAUGAUGACCUUGUGUUCAAAAGAAACUGGUACGGUCAGCUGCAGGCCUUCUGGGUGUAUCCAAGCAUGUUCUAUUCAGAUGGAGACGGCCAGUGAUUGGCACACAAGUGCUCUGCUCUUAUUAGCUUCUUCUGAAACUUCCAUUUCUGACGUAGCGAGAGAUAUCUGCGAGUUGGCUAGAAUACUAGUAGAUGCUCAUGAUGGUCUUAUUGCUUAGCUUAACACUUGCAAUCGUUCUAUUGCUUAGCUUAACACUGUAUGCUUCUGUAGUUAAAAUUAGUCAUUUUGUGCUAGAAAUCUGGAACUCGAUACUGUUGAGCAUUGCCACUGGUCGUGUUGAGAAUGUUCCGUACUAUGUGUUUUGAGCUUUCGUUUUUACUCGCUGGGAUGCGCUUGUGUGCACUUUGGCUUGUGAUAUGAUGCUCUAAAUUUUGCUUUGCAGGACAUCUAAAUUUUCUUGUAAGAUAGGUCACUUUAGGUAGUGCUUAUGAAUGCGAAU